AUCUUUCACCUUUCAAUACACUCGCCGCGCGUCUCGUGUGUUGUAUCCCCUUAUAAACACCGGAACGGAUGAGUUGACAUUCCUUGAUUCUAAUUCAAAUCUAACUAUCCACGCUUUCAAGAUCUUCACUCUUUGCUUCAACAAUGGCGGAAACCGCAACCAAAACCAUGACCUCUCUGCUGCUCCUACUGCUUCUUUCGCCCUUUUCCGCCACUGCCUCCACCGAAGCCUACCCAACCAUCCCCGGCACAACUGAUACCUCUGUUUCCGCUUCCCAUAACGACGACCUGAACCCAAUUCGUCGCGAAGUCUAUGGCGACGGGAGAAUCUUUGACAUCACUCACCGGUACACGACCGACAUGCCGUCGUGGGGUAGGGAGAACGGGUUGGGGCAGUUUCUCUGGCUCCCAGCCAGCAUGAAGAACGGCUCUCUCGCUAACAACUCCGAGAUGAAGCUUCCCACCCACACUGGUACCCACGUCGAUGCUCCUGGACACGUUUACGAUCACUAUUUCGAUGCAGGAUUCGACGUUGAUACUCUUGACCUUGAAGUGCUUAAUGGGCCUGGGCUUUUAGUUGAUGUUCCAAGGAAUUCCAACAUAACGGCUGAAGUUAUGAAGUCCUUAAAUAUUCCCAAGGGAGUACGUCGGGCGCUUUUCAGAACACUCAACACUGACAGGAAGCUUAUGUUUAAAAAUCAGUUCGAUACAAGCUAUGUAGGAUUCACAAAGGAUGGAGCACAAUGGUUGGUGGAGAACACUGACAUCAAGAUGGUUGGAAUUGAUUAUUUAUCUGUUGCCGCCUGGACUGAUUUGAUUCCAUCUCAUCUCGUCUUUCUAAAGGGCAGGGAAAUCAUUCUUGUGGAAGCCCUAAAACUUGAUAACGUUCAACCUGGAAUAUAUUCUGUCCACUGCUUACCUCUAAGGUUGCUUGGUGCUGAGGGAUCCCCAAUAAGAUGCAUUCUCAUCAAAUAAUUAUUUUUUUCAGUGCACAAUAUGUCCUUAGGCGUCAAAAGCAGAAUAAGACGGUGUAAAAUGAGACUGUAAAUUAUCAUAAGGAGGGAUGCCGUUUAAACAUGUUUUUUUGGUGUGUUUGCCCUCAUUACAUAAACUUAUUUGAGAAUUAUCUUAAACUAGUCAUUUGCCUUUGCCUGUACGAUGUGUCAGUUUUAAAAUUUAUUAAAUUAUUAUUAUAUAAA